CGGUUCGAGAUCUCGUUGACUAGUCUCACGCGAAGUUUCUCACAUUUUCGUUACAGUGAAAGAAUCGAUUCCCGGUGCGAGCACGUGCUCUUGAAGUGUACACAAAAACAGUUCGUCGAUCUCAUCAUGGAAUCGAUAUUCAACUUGGAUUUUGAUACAGCAAAUAUAGAAGACCUCGUUCAAGAGUGGGUGCAACAUAUUUACAUUAAAAAUAAAGAGCAACAAGAAGCAAUCAAAAAUUCAAAUGAUUUCUACCUUCCAUUCAUGGCCGUACCGAUGCCCGUUGUGAAAGCAAUUUUCAUAAUAACGUCACAUUUUGAACUUGGUCCUAACGCUAGAUAUUUAGCAGUGUAUCUGUACGACAAAUUCAUGCAUAACCAUUUCAAUGAAAUAUACAUGGCUGAAGUGGAGAAUGGACUAAAGGAAAUUUCAUGGGUACAGACUUGCAGCAAAGUAUCGAGUCAAGCAAAAUUAUGCCUCAUGUCCUGUAUACAACUUGCCAGCAAAAUGGAUUCGCCUUCAAAAGCUUUAGGAAUCUCUCAGGUCCUGUGUAUGUUACGUUGUAUCGCUCCAACAUGUACAUACACUCAUAAUAUGAUUUUCAACUCUGAGUUCAAAGUAUUCAAAACAGUAGGUUUUCAAAUACCAUUAUUUACCCCGUUACACUAUAUAGAGGUUCUUCUUGCUGCUACAGACCUCACACAAACACCAGAAAUAUUUAAUAUUUCCAUUCAUUUAUUAGAUUUGGCCUUCCUGCAGCACGAACAACUGUACACUCACUUGCAAAUGAACGUACAUGGUCGGAUAUCAAUGACUUAUCUCGAUAAGAAAAACUAUGCAGCUUUGGAAACUAAUAUGCUAUUUCUCAGUGCUUCGAUCGUACUUGGUUCUACAUUUUUUCUUUGUUUAGAAAAGAAGGCAAUAAAAAAUCUUGUACUGAAGCUUUCUAAUUUAAUCGAAAUACAAGUUCAAGACAUUUUGGACAUGGGAAAUCUAUUGUUUUCAAUGGUGGUUCAAGACUUUCAGCUUUGAUGGUCACGUUCAACAUUCAUAUUAUAAAAUAUUGUCAGUAUCAUUAAUUAGAUAUUUUUCCUAACAUGACUGUAGGAUACUGUAAUUACAGUAAACACUGCACAUUAAAUAGUUUAACCAUCGGUAUUACCGAAACGACUGAUACUUAAAUGAACUAUGGUUGAAUAAG